AUGCCUUUGGAAACGGUUCUUCUUGUUACCGGGGUCUCUGAAAUCAUUAAAAGGAUAAUACCCGUUAUUACUAAACAGAUCACUCAUGCUUGGGGUUUAAAAGACAACUUAAGAAAGCUUAGGGAUACCUUGGAGUCAAUUCAAGCUCUACUUGCUUCUGCCGAGGAAAAACAAGUUAAUGAUCCUACUGCCGGACUUUGGUUGAGAAGGCUGAAAGAUGUUGUUUAUGAUGCAGACGACGUUAUAGAUGAGUUUUCUUACCAAACCAUGCGUUCUCGUGAACACAAGGUACAAGCUCUUGUAUCAUCCUCCAACCCACUUUUGUUUCGAUUCAAGAUGGCCAAUAAAAUUCGAACCAUCAAUAAAAAGUUGGAUGAGAUUUUCAAAAACGGUGAGAGGUAUCGGUCGCAAAUUACUAGUAGUUCCCAAAACAAUCCGACAAGUGUUUUUCAAAGUAACAGGUUAACCUCAUCCCUUGGUGGUACUGAUUCAAUAUUCUUAGGGAGGGAGAUUGCAAAAUCAGACAUAAUAAAGAUAUUGAUCCACAAGUCGUCACCAUCAUUACCGUCGUCAUCAUCUGGGAUUUCUUCUCAACCGGAGAGUGUAUCCGCUUUAUCCAUAGUGGGUAUGGGUGGACUGGGUAAGACUACGGUAGCUCAAAUGGUCUACAAUGAUGACUCAAUCAUGGGAAACUUUAAGCUAAGAGCUUGGGUAUGUGUCUCUCAUCCUUUUGACAUCUUUAAGAUUUUAAGAGGUGUCAUCGAGUCGAUUACUAGAAACAAAUGUGAGAAUCCAUCAAAUGUCGACGUACUGGCAAACCAAGUCAAGGAAAAAUUGACCGGUAAGAAAUAUUUGCUAGUGCUAGACGACUUGUGGAAUGAAGCUGUUACAGAUUGGGAAAAUCUGAAGAACUACCUAAGCUAUGGCGGCGUCGGCAGCAAGAUAUUAGUCACUACACGCAGUCGAAAUGGCGGCAACUUGGUGGUGAUGUUCAUGAUCUUGAAAAGUUAUCAAAAGAUGCUUGUUGGUCCAUUAUUGAGAAGAAAGUAUUGUCCCGGGGUGGAGCAGUAUUGA